CGCUGUCAUUCACGACUGGAGGAACACGUUUUAUCCACCGGCCCGGCCUCGCAACGACAAGACAAAAAACCCCCACAGCAAAUUUGACAUAACGUGUUGAGCAUUUGACUUUGAUAUUAGUUGAGCUCAACACAUUUACCGAGGAAGAUGUCUAAGAAGAAUUCCCAGAGCUCUGUGGACGAUCAGUCAGAGAACGAUCAACCUCUCAGCCCUUGUCAGGUGGAUCAGUCCACAAAGGCAAUGCUGGGUUGUAGAAACAAGGCCGAGACACACCAGAGGAACGGAGAGACAGCAUCAUCAUCUCCAGAGAGCGGCAGCUUAAAUGGAGAAGGAAAGCGUAGUGGGAAAAGCCGUCGCCGCAGGAAACGUUCGUCUAAUCCCGAGAGCCGUCCAGAGGAAAAAGUUGACAGGCUCAAAAAUGAGGAGAAACCAGACAAACAAAGCAGGCAGCUGUCUGAUCACCUCGCUGGGUUGAUUGGUCUGCAGUCUGAGUGCACUAAUGUGUGGUUUGAACGCAGCAUCUACGAGCGGGCAGAGAGCCUCUACCAGUGCUGGCUGGCAAGCUCCUCUAAUGCGACCACUCAGUCAAACCGGUCGCCUCCAUCCUCAGGAAAACGAUUAAACUCUGCAUCCAGUGUGGCUCCACCUUCCGCUGGACCAUCAUGCCAUCAUGGUGACCAGGUGGCCUGCCACCAUGUUGUACAAACAGUGUGGGUAAAUAAGACAACCUUUGACCAAGCAGAACGCCGCUUUGUGGAAGAAUCAAUGCAGCCAUCAGUUCCAAACUCUCUGGACCUCCAAACUACUCACAGCCGCUCCACUGUAUCCAGAACACCUGACGAAGGAUAUCAGUCUCUAGCCCCAACUCCUGCAACCCCUGUCAUCCAAGCAGCCAUCACACCAACCACACGGCAGUCGAUUAAUGGACUGCCCCGCAUCCCGGUGGAGCUGCUUAGAGAUGUGUGGCUAGACAAACCACUUUAUGACCGUGCUGAAGCAGCCUUUUACCAAAACCUGUAUGGUAACAAUUCCACCAAACGGUCCAGCUGCACCUCUACCUCCAGAAGUAGCGACCACCCUCAAAGCCUCGUAGAAGAGGAAGAGGAGGAAGAAAAUGAGGAAGUGGUAGUGGAGGAAACACGGGUGGUCCCACAGUGCAAAGCAGAGGUCUUUCAUGCUCUGCACCCAAUCCAGGAGGAAGAGGAGCCAGCUGAGCACCCGGAGAAGGAAGAAGCGGCAGAUGAAGGAGUUCACUAUUUCCUUCAUCCAGACAGUGAGCGGGUGUGGCUGGACAAGUGGCGGUAUGACGCUGCUGAGAACCAUUUCCGUAGUUGCAGUGGGAAUAAGGCUUUGAAGAAGGAUCGCAGGGCAGCAGCAGCAGAAGCCUCGUCAGUUACCUCCACCGCCCCACAGAGGGACAAAAAAAUGAGUGCAGUGGACUUUCUGGCCCAGGAAAAGAUCUGGUUUGACAAACCGCGCUAUGACGAAGCAGAGAGACGUUUCUAUGAGCACGUGAACGGCUCGCCACAAACCACAAAGAAUGUUGGUGCCAACACCAUCCUGCAGGAUAUUGCUCGUGCCCGGGAAAACAUCCAAAAGUCUCUUGCAGGGCUGAAGACUACACUGUGUAACAGAGGGUCUGGUCAGCCUCCCAUAAGCCAACAUUCUCAGCUUAGCACAGGCAGCAGCAGCAUCGGAAGCAGCACAGCUGAUCACGGAGAAUUCAUUUCCCGCAUUAAGAGCCUGGAGCUGGAAAACCAGAGCUUACACAAAGUGGUGGAUAACUUGAGGGCAGCACUUUCCAAACUGGAAUGUCGGGUUGCGGUUCUGGAGAAGUCUCCUGCGGCCGUCAGCCCAGCUCCUGCUCCUUCAGUCCCCUACACAAAUGGCACUACUGUCCAGCACAAGACCACUACCCCGGUUAAAGAGGAGGAGGAGGAGGAGGAGGAGGAGGAUGACGAUGAUAUCGAUCUGUUUGGUAGUGAUGAAGAUGAAGAGGCAGAGAAACUCAAAGAACAGAGAUUGAAAGAGUACGCAGAGAAAAAGGCCAAGAAGCCUGCCAUUAUCGCCAAGUCCUCCAUCUUAUUGGAUGUCAAGCCUUGGGAUGACGAAACGGACAUGGCGAAGCUGGAGGAGUGUGUGCGCUCGGUGCAGGCCGACGGUCUGUUAUGGGGGACGUCCAAACUGGUUCCUGUUGGUUACGGCAUCAAGAAGCUCCAGAUCGCUUGUGUGGUCGAGGACGACAAAGUGGGAACAGACAUGUUGGAGGAGGAGAUCACCAAGUUUGAAGAUUACGUCCAGAGUGUCGAUGUAGCAGCAUUCAACAAGAUCUGACCCCGUCAUUCUCCUUGUGUCUUUGUCAUGCCUUGUUUCUCUGCUGAUUGUGUCGACGGUUAAUAAUAAUAAAAUAACCUCUUGCACUGAA